UCUCCUCCCCACUACAGGGAGGGUUGUAGUAGAACCUAUGAGCAUAACAGUUUUUUUCUCCCACUGUUAUUAAAAGCUUAAUAAGCUUACGUGUGUUUGGCUGAAGUUGCAGUCCAGAGAAUAUGUCGUCCUGGGCGAAGUCGUCCGCAGCUGCCCGACGGCAAGCAGCUAACCCCAAUGGAAGUUCUCAACAACUGCGUCUGUUUCGGAGAGCAACACCUUACUCCAGAGAGGAGAGGGGCGAGGAGCUGAAGGAUGCCCUGGACAGCUAUGAAGAACUAGAGCAAAUUCAAAACUACAGUGGAAAUGUGAAGUACGAGGGGUACAAGCAUCAGCAAAAUGCAAAGCCAUCCAAAGCAGCCAAGGCAGACGGCUGCACUCCAGCAGACAGACGCAAAGCCCUCUACCAGAAGUUCUACAGACAGGUGCAGGAGGACAAGACACCGGCCGACUGCGUGGUCCUCUCUGUCACCAACCGGUGCAUGGAUUACCCCAAAUCGCUAAGCCAGUGCUUGCAGGAGCGUGGCCUGUCAGUGGAAAUGCUCUACCUUCAGGCGGAGUCAGGCCUGACCCGGGCUCUGCAGGAUGUCCGAGCAGUCGGCUCGCCGUUAUGUAUUCUGGUGGAGCACACAAACGUAGCUCUGUCCUCCUGCACUGUUAUUAUAUUUUCAGAAUCCCUAAAAAUCCAUCGCAACAUGCCCAAAGACCAGGCCAUGGACUUUGUUACAGCAGAGUACAGCCAUGGACUUGUCAAAGAACGCCCAGGAAGAGAUCCCGCGGAGACUGCAGCACAGGCGUCACAGCUGCUGGAUGACUUCCUGGAACGAGAAAAAAUCGAGCGCCACACCGUUCCCCUUGAAACCCGCCAGCUCCUCCUGCUGUUGGCCGACGGGGUGCAUCUCUACCACGAAGAGCUGGAAACCAUCUCGGAGUACGUCCGUUCCCGGCAGGAGCACGCACAAGCUUCCCACGCUGAGGGGAAGAGGGGUAACAUGUUGCCUCCAGGUUUGGGGAAACCCCCUCCUCUGCUCCCCACUCCACCGGGGCUGCUUCAACCCCAGUCCUCAGCCGGAGCAGGGCCCAUGAUGAACCACUCUCCCGCUCCUCUGUUGCCUUCACCAGGCUCUUAUCCCAAAACCAAACCUCCUCCUCUACUGUCCUUGCAUCGACCUAACGGUCCGUCGUUAGGGGGCUCAUCUUCACGAGGCCUGCUGUCUUCACACAAUCCCUACGGUGGCCCCUCUGCCCCUCGCGGGCCCCCUCUCCACCACGUUCCCCCAUACCACCAAGGCCCCAGAGGCCCUCACAUGGGCAGAGGAGCCCCGCCUUCUCUAAAAAGUUCACGUCCUCCACUUCUCGCUUCUCCAGGUGGCCCUCUUCAGCGACCUGGUGGCCCCCGACACUAACAACAUAGACAUCCACUCACACUGUUACACACGGAGGCUACUAGUACCAGCAGUGUUUUGAACAUUUCACCAAACUGGAGACCAGAUGACUCCUGGCGGCUGUGUGCCCUGGUCUUUUUUUAAAUAAUAAUUAACAAACAUAUUUGAUUAGAUGCCAAAAUGGUCGUAAUUGUUAAAUAUUAGGUAGGCCUAUUUGUGGAUUGAAUGAUGACAACAUAUUCUAAUGACUUGUGUUUUUAAGUUUCCAAGAUCCCUCUGUUAUCCCUUUUCAUGUAUUUUCUUUAUAAUGUACUGCGAUUUUCACCCAGUCAUCCCAAAAAAUGUUCCUUACUUCUCGUCUGCCCUUGUGGACUCCAUACACUUGGUGUCUAAGGUUCAGUGACACGCUGCACAGGAUAAACGUUGACUGACUUUUUAUUUUUUUGUAUAUAAUGAAUAAAGCAAGUAGCCUACCAGCUGUAUAAGGUGCUUCAAGAUGGUGCUUAAGAUUUUGUCAUGAAAAAAGAUUUUUAAAAAGUAGAGGUUUGUUUUCACAAGAUGUAUUCUUGGUUAGAAUUUCAUUUGAUUUCUAUUCCUUUUUUUUAUUGUUUCAUAAAUAGCAGUAAUUAUUGGGAGCUUGUAUAAUCAGGGUUGAAAAUCAUAUUGGCUUAAUUGGUAUUAAAGUGUCUUAAAUCAAUCUUUCAUUGAAAAGACGGUAAUAAAUAGGAUGGGAGACUAUAUGAUAUUUUUCUAAAAUUCAAUUUUACAAUAUUUGGCAAAACAAAUUGAUGAAUCUUUUUAAUUUCACUACACAUGUGUUUGGUCUUUAUAGUCACACCAAUGGGUUAUUGCUCUUAGAAUGCCUGUCAUGCUUCCUUUUUUUUCAAGUGAGAGUACGGACACUUCGUUUGGCAUCCAAAAUAAAAGUUGGCCAUUUUGUAUUGCAUUAAAGCAAAAGAGUCCGCUUGUAAUGUUUGACAGGAGAACUUUAAAUAAUAUAAAGGUAAUAUUUCAGUAGUUGUUACAAAAUCUAAGUAGACAAAUAUUGGUUGGUCAACAUAUCAGAGUUUUCUGUUUGAAUUUCCGUAAAAGCAAAAAAUAAAAGAAGAGAUUUGUCAUGUA